GGAGGGCUCAGCUAACAGGACCUUUGGACUCAGGCAGAGUGUCCAGAGGCCAGCGUGUGGUCUGCAGGAGGGGAGGACAUGGCCGGGUGGCAGGGUUUGGCUCCGAGGACUCAAGUGGGACCAGGCUGCACUGGGUCUCAGGAAGUCUCCCUGGGCUGGACCUUGGCCCAGGCUGACUGCUGCAGCAGCUGUGGGGUCCGCCAGCCCUGAGCCUUCAGGGGAGGCCUGUGUGGCUGUGUGUUGGCCCUCACUCCUCUUUUCUCCCCUCUAGGCAGCCAUGGGGAGCAGGCAGUGCUGAGCAUCCUGGGGCAUGGCUGCAGCCCUGCUAGGCCUGGCCCGAGCCCCCGUGCGCCCACUUCCCUGGGCGGGCCUGGCGGCCCGGCUGGCCAGCAGCAUGGCCCUGCCGGAGCAGUCACAGCAGCUGUUUGAGAGUGCUGUGGGUGCUGUGUUGCCGGGCCCCAUGCUGCACCGGGUGCUGGCCGUGGACCCCAGUGGCAAGCAGUUGAAGGUGCGGGACCGGAGCUUUCACCUGUGCAACAACCUGUACCUGGUGGGCUUUGGCAAGGCCGUGCUGGGCAUGGCGGCUGCCGCCGAGGAGCUGCUGGGCCAGCAUCUGGUGCAGGGCGUGAUCAGCGUGCCCAGGGGCAUCCGCGCUGCGGUGGAGCGUGCCGGCAAGCACGAGAUGCUGCUGAAGCCUCACAGCCGCAUCCAGGUGUUCGAGGGCGCCGAGAACAACCUGCCGGACCGGGACGCGCUCAGGGCCUCGCUCGCCAUCCGGCAGCUGGCUGAGGCGCUCACGGCCGACCACCUGCUGCUGGUGCUCAUUUCAGGCGGGGGCUCUGCCCUGCUGCCCGCCCCCAUCCCCCCGGUGACCCUGGAGGAGAAGCAGAUGCUCACCAAGCUGCUGGCCGCCCGGGGAGCCACCAUCCAGGAGCUGAACACCAUCCGCAAGGCCCUAUCUCAGCUCAAGGGAGGGGGGCUGGCGCAGGCCGCGUACCCGGCUCAGGUGGUGAGCCUGAUCCUGUCCGACGUGGUGGGGGACCCCGUGGAGGUGAUCGCCAGCGGCCCCACUGUGGCGAGCUCCCACAGCGUGCAGGACUGCCUGCACAUCCUUACCCGCUACGGCCUGCGGGCUGCCCUGCCACGCUCAGUGAAGACCGUGCUGGCCCGGGCCGACUCCGACCCCCGAGGGCCACACACCUGCGGUCACGUCCUCAACGUGGUCAUCGGCUCCAACCUGCUGGCACUGGCGGAGGCCCAGCGGCAGGCCGAGGCGCUGGGCUUCCGGGCGGUGGUGCUGAGUGCAGCCGUGCAGGGCAACGUGAGAACUGUGGCCCGGUUCUACGCGCUGCUGGCCCGAGAGGCGGCAGCCCACCUCACCUCCGCUGGGGCGGCUGGGGCAGAGGACACGGAACUGCAUCAGCUGGCGGCCCAGCUGCAGCUCCCAGACCUGCGGCUGGAGGGGGCCCUGGAGGCCGUGGCGGGGGCUCGGGGUCCCAUCUGCCUGCUGGCUGGUGGCGAGCCCACGGUGCAGCUCCAGGGCUCCGGCAGGGGCGGCCGGAACCAGGAGCUGGCACUGCGUGUCGGGGCGGAACUGGGGCGGCAGCCGUUGGGGCCUGUUGAUGUGCUGUUUUUCAGUGGUGGCACGGAUGGGCAGGAUGGGCCCACAGAUGCUGCCGGGGCCUGGGUCACAGCAGAGCUGGCCAGCCAGGCUGCUGCCGAGGGGCUGGACCCAGCCGCCUUUAUGGCCCAGAACGACUCUCACACCUUCUUCUGCCGCCUCCAGGGCGGGGCUCACCUGCAGUACUCAGGGCUGACAGGCACCAACGUCAUGGACACCCACUUCCUGCUCCUGCGGCCGAGGUGAUGCUGGCCGCCCUUGGGAGACUGGCUGGCCCCAGGCCUCGCCAAGCUCAGGCCCGAGCAGUGGGGCUGACCCUGACUCUCCACCCACUGGAGGGAGCGCUCCCUACUGUCUGCUCCCUCAGCAGUGGGCCUUGAGGGCCCACUCAUUGUCCCCCAAGCCCCCAGCCUGUGUCUGUGGGGGAGACGUGGAAGAAUAAAAGGACCACCGAGUGGA